AGGGUGGGGUACUGCGCAUGCGUGGUGUCUCUUUGUGGCCCGGCUCCUUUUGGGUACCUGUCUGGUUUAUCUUGGGUCUUGGGGUCAUUUUCCCUUAUAAUUUUUGCACGUCCACUUUCAUCUAUACAGCCACGGCUCUUGUGCUACUCCGUACACUUUUUUCAUCUCAAUAUUAUCUGAAAGCGCUCAGGGCGUCGACAGCCACCAAGCAGAGCAUCCAUUCAUCCUUUCAUUGGCUUCUGAGGUUUCCCUGGCUUGCUAGCUCGUAUUAGCCAAGAAGACAGCUGUGUAGAGGGAUCCUUAAACAUGUCGGGUUACCAAGGAAAAAAGAACAUCCCUAAAAUCACAAGUGAUCGUCUCCUCAUCAAAGGAGCAAAGAUAGUAAAUGAUGAUCAGUCUUUUUUGGCUGAUAUUUAUAUGGAAGAUGGAGUUAUCAAACAAAUUGGUGACAACCUCAUUGUCCCUGGAGGUGUCAAGACAGUUGAGGCUCAUGGGAGGAUGGUGAUGCCUGGAGGUAUAGAUGUGCACACCCGGUUUCAGAUGCCUGAUCGAGGCAUGGUUUCAGCAGAUGACUUUUAUCAGGGCACUCGUGCUGCUUUAGCUGGAGGAACCACCAUGAUCAUUGACCAUGUGGUACCAGAGCCUGGCACUAGUUUGCUGUCAGCUUUUAACCAAUGGAGGGAAUGGGCUGACAGCAAGUCCUGCUGUGACUACUCUCUGCACGUGAAUCUCACUGACUGGAACAAGGGGACCCAGGAGGAGAUGGAGACCUUAGUGAAGGAUCAUGGUGUCAACUCUUUCCUCGUCUAUUUGGCUUAUAAGGAUGUUUUCCAACUUUCUGAUUCCCAGAUAUAUGAAGUGUUCAGUGUCAUCAGAGACUUAGGAGCCAUUGCACAGGUGCACGCUGAGAAUGGAGACAUUAUUGCAGAGGAGCAAAAACGUAUUUUGGAACUUGGUAUCACUGGUCCUGAAGGUCAUGUGCUUAGCCGCCCUGAGGAGGUGGAGGCUGAGGCAGUCAACCGCUCUGUCACUAUCGCCAAUCAGACCAACUGUCCUCUCUAUAUCACCAAGGUGAUGAGUAAGAGUGCUGCUGAUGUCAUUGCCCUGGCGAGAAAAAAGGGUGCUGUGGUUUAUGGGGAGCCGAUAUCUGCCAGCUUGGCUACAGAUGGUACCCAUUACUGGAGCAAGAACUGGGCAAAGGCAGCUGCCUUUGUCACUUCUCCUCCACUGAGCCCAGAUCCCACCACCCCUGAUUAUCUCAACUCUCUCCUCUCAUGUGGGGACCUGCAAGUGACUGGCAGUGCUCAUUGUACCUUCCAUACCUCUCAGCGGGCCAUAGGAAAAGAUAACUUUACUCUCAUCCCUGAAGGCACCAACGGCACAGAGGAGAGGAUGUCCCUGAUCUGGGACAAAUGUGUGGCAACUGGAAAAAUGGAUGAGAACCAGUUUGUGGCAGUGACCAGCACAAACGCAGCAAAGAUAUUUAACCUUUAUCCACGUAAGGGUCGUAUUGCUGUCGGAUCUGAUGCAGACCUUGUGCUCUGGGAUCCAGAUGUCACUAAAAUAAUUUCAGCCAAGACUCACAACCUGGCAGUGGAGUAUAACAUCUUUGAAGGUGCAGAGGUGCGUGGAGCUCCUUUGGUUGUUAUCAGCCAAGGCAAAAUAGUUCUGGAGGAUGGAACGCUUCACACAACUGAGGGCUGUGGCCGCUACAUUAGCCGAAAACCCUUCCCUGAUCAGGUGUACAAGAGGAUAAAAGCCCGCAGCAGGUUGACAGAGUUGCGGGGCGUUCCCAGGGGCCAGUAUGAUGGCCCUGUGUGUGAGGUCACUGUAACUCCCAAAAUAUCUGCUGUUUCAUCUGUGAAGAUGUCACCCACAAAACAGGAACAGCAGCCACAGUUCACCCACCAGCCUGUACGCAACCUCCACCAAUCUGGCUUCAGUUUGUCCGGCGCCCAAAUUGAUGACAAUGUACCCCGUCGUAACACCCAGCGCAUUGUAGCACCCCCUGGUGGAAAGGCCAACAUCACUAGUCUUGGUUAAGAUUGUGCUAGGCUGGCUAUUCUGGCCCAGAGGCCACUUGGCAGAUGUCAUGCCAUAUUCAUUAUUUUGCUACAACUUCUGACCCUCCCUGCACCCUACUAAUUUGUAUCAACUACCUUUUCACAUAGAUUUAUACUUUGGUGUCACAUCUGAAAUUAUGUUCCUUUUAAAAUUUGUAUACGUUUACAUGUCACUGUGCAGUUUUAACAGCAUCACAUUUGUGGCAGAUUUUUCAUGUCCUUAAUUUUAUUAGAAUGAGCGGGUGGUCUAAAAGCUCCCUCAGUUGAUUAGAACAUUGCAUUCUGUUACGUUACAUAUGAUCUGUGCAGCUAGACAAUUCAUCUGGGUCUUCCCUUUGUGUCUUGGUGGCACUUCCUCACUUUAUUUUUGUUAUUAUUUCUUUGUGAUUAUUUAGUUUUAUCUAUUGUUCCUGUGAACUGCAAUGUACAUUCUGCACUCAAAGGAAAAGAAAGGGUUUUUAAAAUGCUAUGCCUUGUUAUGUGAAAAAAUUCAUAGUUUUGAAAAUGUUCGAAAGUGAAUUUAAUAUUUUUCUCUUUUGUUGUUUGUCAAGAGCCUCCAUUCUAAACUCACUUUACAGAUUAUACGAAAACAACAAAAGCAUGAUCCAAUGUUAUCUUGUACCCACUUUGCUCUUGGUGCUAAACCACACUGAAUAAGAACCACUUUAGUACAUAGUCCUGCCAUGCCAUUCCACAUUGUAUAAUUAUGAGCUAGCAACUUUCACUUGUACUAGUUAUAAUUGUAUUUUAAGGUUUUCAUUGACCUGCCUGCCGGAUUUGCUGUAUAAGAUAUUGAUAGCACACUGUAUGUAUGAAGGCUCUGAUAAGAAGUGUUACCUCUAUAAUGGAGACCUGAAGAAGCUUUGGUGUGUAUGUCCACAGUGUGCUGAUGAUGUGUCCAUUGUUCUGUGUUUGUGUUGUGAAUGAAUUUUAUCUUUUCUCUAUCUCAUAAUACAUUUCCUCUCUACUAGCUACAUACACCAAACCACAAAUUGUGAUCAAAGUGUUCACAGAAGCACCAUAUUAUUAUGUAAAAAAAAAUAUUUUAUCUGUCAUUGCUUGUCAAGUGUAGGGUUUGUAUAUGAAGCUAUAAUGUGAAGUGAACAAUGACAAUGGUUAUAGCCUAUAUUGACAUGCACUGUUGUUACUUUCCUCCAGAUGGUGUGAUACUGUUGGAUAUUGUUUUGUAGGGGAACAGGGAUGUUUAAGGGAAACUAACCGCUAUGUCCACAAA